AUGGUUCCCGCGGAGGGCAGCCCGGGCGGCCGAGGGGACGCGGUGGGAGACGGCGGCUUCCUCCUGCUGCGGCCCCCGGAGAGCGGCAGCGUCCGGAAGCAGGGCUGCGAUCCCUUUGCACAGACCCAGCGCAGCAAACUGCAGCACCGCCGCGCACGAAUUAACCAACAGAUCAACAAGGAGAUGAGAAUGCGAGCUGGGGCAGAAAACCUCUUCAAGGCCACAAGCAAUCACAAAGUAAAAGAAACAGUAGCCUUGGAGCUUAGCUAUGUUAAUUCCAAUCUGCAGUUACUGAAGGAAGAACUAGAAGAACUGAACAGCUGUGUGGACAUAUACCAGAAUGACAGUGAAUCUAUCAGCGUCCCUAUGAUUCCUUUGGGGCUAAAGGAGACUAAGGAAAUGGAUUUAAUGGCCCCAUUAAAGGAUCUCAUCUGUGAACAUUAUGGGGAAGAUGGCAUCUCAUUCGAAAAAGAAAUCAAAGAGCUCAUGGAGCUUCGGCAGGCCAUGCGGACUCCCAGCCGGAACGAGGCGGGGCUAGAACUUCUGAUGGAAUAUUACAACCAGCUUUACUUUCUUGACAACAGAUUCUUCCCUCCCAAUAAAAACUUGGGCGUCUUCUUUCACUGGUAUGACUCGCUGACUGGAGUCCCUUCCCAUCAGCGCGCUCUGGCUUUUGAGAAGGGAAGCGUGCUCUUCAACAUUGGAGCUCUGCACACUCAGAUUGGGGCACGGCAGGAUCGCACGACCCUGCAAGGAGUCGACCGGGCUAUAGAUGCUUUUCAAAAGGCAGCCGGUGCCUUUAACUACCUGAAGGAGAACUUCUCCAACGCCCCCAGCCUGGACAUGAGCACUGCCUCGCUGAACAUGCUUGUGCGACUGAUGAUUGCGCAGGUGCAGGAGUGUGUCUUUGAGAAGGUCACCCUGACCAGCGCCCAGAAUGACUUCUUCACUCAGCUGCAGAUCGCACAAGAAGCAGCCAGGGUUGAAGAAGUCUACUCGUUGGUGCAUCAGACCAUGACCCAGGUUCACGUGAAGGAUUAUGUACCUUUCUCAUGGGCCACCAUGGUCCAUGUCAAGUCUGAGCAUUUCAAGGCCCUCUCCCACUACUAUGCUGCCGUGGCACUUUGUGACUGCCCCUCCGUGUCUGAUGCUGACCUCCCAGAGCACGAAAAGGCCUUUGUCCAGUUUCACGUCACCAUGCCGGAGGGACCAUCGCUUCAUCUUGUGCUGCAAGACCCGGAGGAGCGAAGGAAACUGGGCAAGGCUCAUUUGAAAAAAGCUAUCAUGCAACACGAGGAAGCCAUGAGGAUCCACAGCCUGUGUAAGAUCCUGAGGAAGAUGGACAUCCUCCAGGAGGUCCUCUCCUUCGCUCAUAAGCGCUCGCUUAGCAAAUACUCAGAAAUCGAUCACGAGGAAGACUUCUUUGAAACCGGAGAUGCUCCUGACAUUCAUCCCAAAACGAAUCAGAGACCAGAAAUAAAAUCUCCCAACUUCUCCCAGGUGAAGGUGACGGACAUCUUCCAUAGACUGGGCCCUCUGUCCGUUUUUUCAGCCAAAAACAAGUGGCGCCCUGCACGGCGAGUUCACCUGGCCAGAGGAGAAAAUGGCUUUGGGUUGACGCUCCGAGGGGAUUCCCCCGUCCUCAUUGCGGGAGUGAUACCUGGGGGCUGUGCAUCCGAAGCCGGGCUAAAGGAAGGAGACUACAUAGUCUCUGUGAACAGCGAGGACUGCAAGUGGUCCAAGCAUGCUGAGGUGGUGCAGCUGCUGAAGAGCGUCGGGGAAGAGGGUGUAGACAUUGGCGUGGUAACCCUGCGGAGUUCUGAUGGACAGAACGUUGUGGACAGGAGGUCGGUGGCCAUGUCAUCGGGGGGCGCGCUGCUGAAGAACAACCAGGAGAAUAGCAGGAAGAGCCUCAUGAACAGCAAGAGCGCCAGCACCCUGCUGGCCUGGAGCAAGAAGAGUAAGCGCAGCAAGAGCAGCACUUACAGCCUUCCCUUCACCACUGUGGGAGACGAGUCCAUGUACUGA